AUGGAGGGCAAAAGUAGAACAAGCAAUGCUGUUGAUGGUAGGUAUUCCAUCCCAAAGGAGGACGGGUCGACACAACCAGCAGUCAUCAACGUCAACGAACAAAAGCAAGAUGCAGCAGGAGAGCUCCAAAUGGAUCAUGGUCUCCGGGCGUGGCUGCAGGUACUUGGCUGCUGGAUUUUGUUCGCCAAUACAUGGGGCUUGUCCAACUCGUUUGGUGUAUUCCAGGCCUACUAUACGACGACGCUGCUACCAGAUACUAGUCCUUCAGCUGUUGCUUGGAUCGGAUCUAUACAGAUAUUCUUGAUGAUGCUCAUCGGCGUAUGCGCAGGCUGGCUCCUCGAUGCCGGCUACCUGCAAUUUAUCUUGAUAUGCGGAACAGCAUUGACGUCCUUGGGACUAUUUAUGCUCAGCUUGUGUACGCAAUACUGGCAGAUCCUAUUGGCGCAGGCGUUCUGCGUUGGGACGGGGAGCGGGCUUCUCGGCUUGACAUCCGUGGCUGUUAUUCCUCUAUAUUUCCAAAAGAAACGGAUGGUGGCAACGGGCAUUGCUGCCACGGGCAGCAGUCUAGCUGGCAUCGUAUAUCCCAUAAUGGAGCGUCGACUUAUAGUUUCCAUCGGUUUUCCUUGGGCUGUCCGCAUCUUUGCCUUUGUUGUCACCACCCUCUUACUGAUAUGUCUGGCCAUCAUGCGUCUGAGACCCAAUCUGAAGCGCCGUGGCGCUCUGUUUCGCCUCAAGCACUUCCGUGACACGCCUUACGUGGCAUUCUGCAUCGCCUUUGCACUCAUGAUUGGUUCCGUCUAUGUGCCAUUUUUCUUCGUUGAUGCAUAUGCCAUUCGUCUAGGCGUGGAUCCCGAUACUUCUUUCUACGUACUAAGCAUGAUGAAUGCAGCUAGCUUGUUCGGCCGUCUCGUGCCAAACUGGCUGGCAGAUAAGUUCGCCCAUGACCUUCCCGGCCUCAUCAUUGUAUCGAUUGUGUAUGGCUUCGUGUCAGGCGGCAUGGUGUCACUGCCACCUGCUACGAUUGCAAAUCUAACAGAGGAACUCUCCGAAUACGGUACGCGAAUGGGUAUGGGGUACACGAUUGCCAGCAUAGGAGCUCUGAUUGGUAACCCCAUCGGUGGCGCGGCGCAGAAAUUUCAAGGAGACUCGACCGCAGCUGGGCAAGGAGACUUUCAGGGCACUUGGAUCUUUGCUGGAGGUUUCAUGUUAGCGGCAGUCACUGCUAUGGCAAUUUCCAAGAACCUGAAGUUCGGAUCGGUGUUGAGGGGGAAGUGCUAA